UAUCAAAAAGUCAUGUGAUCACUUUGUCUGAACCAGUACUCCAACACUACCACCUACCCAGUACAUACCAGUUGAGAAACUAAGUGAAACUGGUUUUAGACUGCAUCAGAGCAGCUAUACCCUUUUUUUGGGUCUGAACGCCAUUUUCUUGAGUGUACGGUGUUUGAGUACUGAACAAUUCGCCACAUCCAUUAACAGUUGGUUGAUGAAUUGUGCUCAUCUGUGAGAAUGGAGGUGAACGAGUUUGGCGUUCCAAUAGCCUUGGAAGGUGUAUUAUUUGACGUGUUGCACCAUCAUGGUUUCAGCGGAGUGAGCGUCGCUGCUAAGCAUCUCUUUUUGAAUGCGUUUGAUAAAUACUAUAAGUCAUUUUUAAAAGAACUCGCUGUACAAACACAUUUAAGGAAACAUACUGUAUCGUCACCUCUUGAUGUUUCGAUUUGUCUUAAUCUUCAUUUAAUAACGCGGUCUGGAAUGUCAAAGGAAAUGCAACGAAGAAUACAGAAACCGUGUACGGCAAGAUUAGAGCAGGUCUUAAAUGUGGCACCAGAGGUUGAUGUUCCACAAGAAUUUCGUUCUUCCAUUGAAACUAAAACUGUGGGACAUCUACUUGGUCCUCUUGCUGUCGCGCAAAACCGACGGUCCUAUGUCUAUUCUCAUCUUCCUUCGUUUCCUGCUGCACAUACUUAUAUGGCUACUCCUGUGUAUCCCACGAGACCAACUUCACCGCGUAAGAUUCGCGAGCUUGCUACACAAGAAUCUCGGCUUGCUGAAAACGCUUUACAAAGAAUCCUUGGGGCAAAUAAACCCCCGAAAAUUGAUUCUCCCCGAAGAGAGUUGUUUGAAAAAACCUGCAUAGAGCUAGGUCUGGAAGCUAAACAUUUUCACAUCAUAAAUUGGGAAGUUCAAAAGUGGGAUCCCUCAAAAAGCAAUAUAAGUUAGUAUUGAUGAUGGCAAUCAACCCUAUGAAGAGAAUGACAAAAAAUGGAAGAAACAUUGGGUUUUCAUGACAGUCAGGCCGGUCCUUAACUGUUAUUUGGGAACACGGUUUGGAAUGACUUCGACUAAUUCAUUAUUUUGGCAUCUUCGUACUGUUAAUAUCUUGGCAUGCUAAGUAUUUUGGCAAUUACGUACAGUCGAAAAAACCGCUUCAUCAUUUGACAGACUACUUUUUUUUCGGCCGGUAGCGGCUCACACGAGUACUGUUUUAAACUCAUUAGUCGGCAGUUUGUGUGCUUGUUAUUAUCGUGCUGUUCGGGCCUUAACAUGUAUGAAAUCCACAAAUCUGAUGAGCAAAGCGCUCGAUGGGGUCUGCUAGCCGUGUUCUUGAAGGACGUUUUUAUGCUGCGAGUCAGCAAGACUACGAAGGUCACUAGUUACGAGUAAUAGAUGUCGCUGCUGGUCUCUGUACGCCUUAUUUACACAAACACCUUGAUUCACCCUACAAACUGUAAGAAUUAUACAAAACUUUUGCCCUAAAACUGGCCUGUGGUCAAUUUUGACUUGUUACAUAGAAUAUGCCAUCACAAAUGGAAUAGAAAAGAAUACUUAAAAGGAAAACAAGACAGAUAUGAAAGACGGAAACUGCAAUGAGGAAAAGGUGGAAUAGGAUGCGGGUAUU